AUGUCGUCAUCACCGUGCGUCCUCCGUCAUUUCUGCCAACACCUCUACACCGCUUCCGCCGCGGUCCUCCCCCCGUACACCCCCCUCCUCCUGCUCCUGCCCCGUUACACCGCUCUGUCCUGGGCCGAUACCGGAGAAGGAGCCUCCGCGACCCCCGGGAGCAGAGUGGUGAUGGUUCUGGACUCUGCAUCGAUCCCCAUCGACUCCCAGAGGGCCCCAACAGGAGUCCCCGAGCUCAGCGCCCUCAGCCAAGAUGGCGUCCCCUCCGAGGCCACGCCCCUAUGCUCAUCUGUCGCAUCAGUCAGAUCCAGAGCAGAUGUCACCAGCUGGGACAGACUCCGCUCUGGGAUCUGCUCUUCAAUCAGACCAAGUCCACACCACGCUGCCUUCGACGUCACCAAACGAUAG